GCGCACUCCCUGUUCACCAGUAUCACCGCAUUGCGCUCAACAAGUGAUUAUAGAGGAGACGGGUGAAGGCUCGAAGCAUAUCUAUGAGCCCAGGCCUAAGAUCCCCGUCUGCAUUCUCCGGUUAUUAGAGCCGGUAGAAGCUUUCAGGCUUGACGGGAAAAGCCGCAGCACCAGUACGUAAGGGGGAGGAUGCCUAGAAAACGACAGAGAGUACAAACAUUACAUAAUGCCCCAUGUAAAAUGGUUUUGCUUGAAAGCACAGAACAGAAUGAACCCCCUUCUUCAUGCAGUGAAGAGCAGAAUCCAAAGAUGAGCAGAUAUUUCCAAAACCUUAAAGUUCGUCUUCCGUCUGAGUUUUAUAACCAACCGUGUAUUGAACUGGCCAAAUCCUUUCUUGGACAGGUUUUGGUCCAUAAACUUCCGGAUGGUACAGAACUUAGAGGCAGAAUUGUGGAGACAGAGUCUUAUUUGGGGGGAGAGGACGAAGCUUCACAUUCAAGAGGAGGAAAGAGGACAGAACGCAACGUUGCAAUGUACAUGAAGCCUGGAACCAUUUAUGUAUAUCAAAUCUAUGGUAUAUAUUUCUGUAUGAAUGUUUCAAGUAAGGGAGAUGGAGCUGCAGUUCUUUUAAGGUCCCUUGAGCCUUUAGAGGGCCUUGAUAUGAUGAGAAAUUAUAGGAAUGGACGCAGACAUGAAAAAGCAAAACCUCUGAAAGACUCUGAACUUUGUAAUGGACCUUCCAAGCUUUGCCAAGCCCUGGAUUUGAAUAAGAAUUACAACAGAAGAGACCUAAGCGAUGACCAAGAUACAUGGAUGGAGGCUGGCAGCAAAAUACUGGAUCAGGACAUUGUUUCUUGUGCACGAAUUGGAAUUGGGAGUGCAGGAGAAUGGGCAAAAAAGCCUUUGCGGUUUUAUAUAAAAGGAAACAAAUAUGUCAGUGUAAGGGACAAAGUUGCAGAGGCAAAUUCAUGACAUCUUAAAGGGGACCUGUCACCCAGACAUAAAAAGCUGGAUAAAAAAAGUAUUUUUUAAAGUAAACAUGAAAACCAAAUUAUUUUUUUAAUUAACACAUCCAUACCCAUUAUAAAGGUACUUAAAAAUGUCAGCUGUCAAUCAUAUAAUACCUGCCCCAUCCCUAUGCCUUAGGAAUAGAGGCAGGGCAGACUAUUACUUUCACUUUCCAUUCAGCACUUCCUAGAUGUCCCUGCUCUCCACACAUACCUCCUCGCCAUCUAAUUGUGUAGCCAGUGUAUGGACAAUGGAAUUAGGUCCUUAAUUUUUGUGCAUAUAAAUGGUUUUGGGAUGAUACAAUGUAUCCAGUAUCCACAAAACGCCACCUGCCUGCUUGCUGUGGCUGUGAAUUCUAAGACUGAAGGAAACAAAAUUUAAACAAUUGAUAUAGUGCAAUUAAAGUUAUUUUUGCUUGGCAAGCACAAUAGAAAAGAAUUUGGAAUUUUUUCAUAUUGUGAUAGGUCCCCUUUAAAAUACCAACCCAGGUUGUCCUACAAACUAGUCAUUCCUUUACAUUAAAAUAACUGUAAAAUUACCAGGGGAAGUUCACGUUUCAAUGUUCCUGCUGCACGAUGUACACUUAAAAAAAACAAAAACGUUUUGACAUAUAGUAAUCAAUUUUAGCAUUUAAACAAUUGUCUGGUUGCUAGGAUCACUGACCCUACCGACCACACACAGGCUAGACAAAGAAAGUUCUACAUAGGUAGCACACCUGAAAAACUUAUCUAAAUCAGCUGUUCUUUGAUGGAAGCUUUUCAGUGACAAAACUAGAACUAGUCUGUAUAUAAUCAACUUCAAGUUUCUCAAACCAAUCAGUCUGUUCAUAAAAUGCAUGUUUAUUAAGCAAGGGCUAUAAAUUACACAUAACCUUUUCACACAAAAGUAUUAUAUAUUUGUACCUCUUGAUUACCGGUUUCUACAAAUCCUCACAUUCUUGUACUUUACUCGUUAGCCUAGGAUGAUCACCCAUUACACUGUAUCCAGGAGCUUACACAUGGUUGAUCUUUCAAACUCAAGCCCAGAUUCAUGGCUUGUAUAUUACAGAAUUAGGCUCUUCAGAAAAAAUCAACAAAUAUGCCAACUGAAUUACUGUAUUAAAAAGCAUAAUUACUGUAUUAUAGUUAUGCCAUUGUUAAAACUUAAAGGGGAACUAUCAUGAAACUCUCACUUAAACUUUCUAUGUAUAGUCAGUUACAAAUUCUGUACCGUUUCUGGAAUAAUGAGUUAUUCUUCCACUUUCA